CCAUAGGAGAUUGGAACAUGAAAAUCAAAGAUUUUAAAGGGCAUUAUAUAUAAUCAGCUUGCAGAGGCAUGAAUGUCACUGCGAUAAGAUAAGAUAAGGUAGGGUUUUGCCAACAAUUAACGGCGAACGCGAGGAUCACUUUGAUCUUAAAUCUGGCCACUUGAGAAACACGUCAGCCGGAUAAAGGUACACUGUAGUAGUUGUUUCAUCUUCGUCGACAUUAUUUCUGCGUAAAGUAUAAUGGGCUCUAAUUCACAACAUUGGGAUUGGGAACGAGGUAUGGAGAUAUUAUCUCUCCUUGCACGGGGGGCUGCAGAGCUUUAUGAAAUGGGACAAUGUGAAGAGAAUGUAGAGGAGGCUGUUAGAAAGGGUAUUGAAUGCGCCGGCCGAGGGGAUCAUAGAAAAGCUCUCGAGUAUUAUGAAGAAGCUUUGACUAUCUCUCAAGAGAAAGGAUUUACACGACACGAAACGAAUAUCUAUGCGCAAAUAGGAUACUCGAGCUUUCACGUCGGGGAUUACGAACGUUCCAUCAACUUCAUGAAAAAAUUUUUGAACGAUGGAGGCGAAGAUUUAAAUGGAGUUGUCAAUUCUAUUUUGGGUUCGUGUUAUCAGCAUAAUGGUCAAUACAAGGAAGCCAUUCCAUAUCAUGAGAAGAGCUGGAAAAUUGCUUCGCAGUUGGGAAACAAUGAAAAUUAUGGAGUGGCGAGAGAAAUUUGCAAUUUAGGGUUUGCUUAUAAAGGUUUGGGAAAACACGAAAUGGCUAGAAGGAACUUUAGUGAAAGUCUUCGAAUCUCAAAAGACUCGAUGUACAAGGAUAUAGAACAGCAGGUACAUAUGGGUAUUGGUUGCAUUCACAAAGAGUUGGGUGAUUACGAGAGAGCUAUUGGAUGUUUCCAGCAGUCUUUGGAACUUGCCGAACAAUUGGUAGACAGAAAAGGUAUCGCCCUUGUGUACGAACGUUUGGGUGGAGUAAAUUUUGCCCAAAAUCGAUACAAACGUGCCAUCGAAUAUUUUGAGAAAUGCUUAGAUAAAGCCCGCAGAAUUGAUGACAGAGUUUUAAUUGCAUUAGCCUACAAAAACAUGGGCCGUGUGCACCAAAAACUUAAUGAGCUGCAAGAGGCUAUAAGCUGUUACCAAGAAUACUUGAAAAGAGCUGAUGAAAAACGUGACAGAUCUGAAAUAGCCGAGGUAAAUAUUCUCCACCUGGGAGUCUGUUACGUACAAUGUAAAGAGUACGAAAAAGGCGUUGAGUGUUAUCUUAAAGGUUUAGAGAUGGUGAAACAACUGGAAGACAAGGAAAAAGAAGGAAAUGUCCACGAAAAUUUAGGAGAUGCUUACGCAAAUCUAUCUAAAUAUAACGAUGCGCAAAAGCAUUACACGAGAGCUCAGGUGAUUGCCAACCUUGACGCCGAAGGAGGUAAGAAAUUGAAAGGACGCGUUUGUCUGAAACUAGGAGAUGUGUUUCGCGUUCAGGAAAAGAUCUCAAUGGCUAUUUCGUGCUACAACGAGGCUUUGGAAAACGCCGAACGUUCGAGGGACCUAGAAAGCGAGGUAGGUGCUUUGGAACGGUUGGGAAACGCGUUUCACUCUAAUGGCAAUUACGAUAGCGCAAUUGAGUAUCACGAAAAAAGUUUGGACCUCGCAAUAAAACUUAACGACAAGAAACGAGAGCAAAGAACACGCGAGAAUUUAGGCGAUGUCUGCGCCUCCUGUAAGAAGUGGUCGAAAGCCAACAAGUGGUACAACAGUUCUCGUGCUUUGGCGAACGAACUCAACAAUGCCGAAGCAGUUUAUAAUUGUGAAAGAAAGAUGGGAAAUACAUAUUAUGAGAACCAAGAUUACGACAAUGCCAUCUUUUAUCACCAACGUUGUUUGAAAAUUGCAGAAGAAAAAAACGAGAAAGCAGGAAUUUUAGAAUCGUCCCGAGUCUUGGGCGAUUCUUACCGAAAGGUCAACCAACCUGAAAAAUCUUUGCAGUUUUACAAGUAUUUCAUAGAAAUGGUCGGUACGCAGACGAGCAAUUUAGAAAGAGCAACAGUUUACCUUAAAAUAGGUAAAUUGUAUGCAGAGAUUGGUGAUUCCGAUAAUGCUAUUGAUUCGUGUUUCAAAUGUUUGAAUCUUGCUGUGGAUUCUGGCGACUUUAAAUUGAAAGAAGAAGUUCUUGAGAUAUUGGCAGAUGAAUAUUACAACAGGUAUCAAUUUGAUAAGGCUUAUAAAUAUUAUCUGGAAGACCUUGACAUCGCAGGAAGAGAUAAACGUUGCCAAAUAUACUACAAACUUGGCAACACAGUCUCUGCUCAACAUAGAAUUGCCGAGGCAAUUCAGUUUUAUGAAAAAGCACUGGAACUUUCCCAGAGCCUGGCAGAUCCAAAUGUGGAUUUAGAAGCAGACAUCCGAGAAGCCUUGGCGGGCGCAUUGUUUUCGAAUACUGAUUACGAAGAUGCCAUCAAACACCAUUCGGAGAAUUUAGAAUUUGCCAAAAGUCUCGCCGACGAAAAAAGACAACAAAGUGAAUACGAAAACCUCGCUAAUUCGUACAGUGCCAAAGAACAAUGGCUGCUAGCCAUUGAGAACUAUUGCCAUUCUGGCGUUGUUGCUAAAAGGUUACACGACAAAGAAGCUGUACAGAGAUGUGAAAAAUUAAUGAAAGAGCAGGCUUUUGCCUUGGAAUGUUUAUGUAAUGACCACAUCCUCAACGGCGAUUAUCGAAAAGCUCUUGAUAUGCAAGAGAAGUACGUGGAGCUUGCUAGGAAAAUUGGUGACCGUGUUCAAGAGGGCAACGCCAACUGCAACAUAGCCGAAGUACAUCUGGCAAGAUGUCAAUAUGAAGAAGCGGUAAGGUUUACCCGUAAAGCAUUGGGAAUUUCUGACAACGAUAGCGGCAAAGCAAGAGCAAACGAUAUUCUGGGCUGUGCUCACGCGGCACUUGGCAAAUUUAUAGAGGCAGAACGUUUUCUUUUGGAAGAAAUCAGCAUCGUUGAAAUAUUAGACGAUAAAUCAGGAAUUGCCCGCGCUAAAGGAAACAUCGGAGUGGCUCUUCUUGGUAAAGAUGAUCAGCGUGAAGCUGUUGCUUGUUUUCGAAAAGAAUUGAAGCUGGCGGAAGAAAUUGGAAACAAAAAGGAAGAGGGUCGGGCAAAUGAAAAUUUCGGACGUUACUACGCUGCAAUUGGUAAGUGUAAUGAAGCAAUAGAAUAUUACCAGAAAUUCAUGCGGAUUGCUGAAGAAAUUGGUGAUAAGGCGGGUAUUGGCAGAGCAAAAGGAGCAAUUGGUACUAUGUUAACGGAAAUGGGACAGUAUCAAAAGGCAGUCAAAUACCACGAAGAAGAAAGAAUCAUUACGAAUGAGCUUGGGAAUGAAGUGCGAAAAGGUCAGAUGCUUGGAAACCUGGGCAAUGCCUACAAAGGGCUGUGUGAUUACGAAAAUGCUAUUGCCCUUCAAAAGACGAGCUUGCAGAUUGCUGAAGAUAACUAUGUCGAAUGCGACGAGAGACGUGCUUACGAGACCUUAGGAAAUACUUACCUUGCGAGUGGCCAAUGCAGAAAAGCACUUGAGUACCAAAAUAUAGCAUUGAAACUUUCUCAACAGCUUGGUCACAAAGCAGCCGAAGGACGCAUUCACCAAAGUAUGGCAAAGUCGUACUAUUUGAGUGGUCAGAUUGAAAAGGCUCUUAAUUCCGGUAAGAAAGCAUUGGCUAUUGCUGAAAAGGUCGGCGACAAAGCUGGAGAGGGGCGGGCUUCAGGAACAAAUUGGGAAUGCAUACAUGGAGUUCGGACAGAAUAUGCAAGAAGCGAGAUCAAAAUUUCGUGA